AUGAACGAUUUUGCAAAAUUUAAAGAAUCAAGAAAGCGAGGGAUAGAUGAAUUCCAUACCAGUCAAGACAUGAAUUAUUAUAUCAUUUCAAAGAAGUAAAGCAUUUUUAAUUUAAAUGAAUAGAUGGUUAGAAGAGUGGAUAGAGAGUGAAGAGAAAGGUCAAAAAUUAAACAAUUCUACUUGUGUAAAUUCAGAUCUAUUAUUGUCUAAACCAUAAACCAUCUUUAAAUAUGAUCCAAUUUAAACUCAUAAAUGGAAUAAGAUAAUGCUUCCAAAUCUUUAAGAAGGAGUUGAUUAUGAAAUUUUAGAUUAAGCAACUUGGGAAAUCAUAGCAAGAAAGUUAUAAUAUUUUUUAUUAUAUAGGUUUCAUGUAACAACUAUUGAACGAGAUGCCACUAUAAUAAAUGGAAUGAAACAAGUUAAUGUCAAUCUUGUACCUUUAAAUUUAGUAAUAGUGUUUCCUUCUUCACUUCGUAAAUUCAAUCAAGAAAAAUCUGCUAAACAUAUAUAAGGAGACUAAUAUGUAUCUAGAACAUACAAAUUAUCUUCAUUUAUUGAAUUAUUAGAAAGGACUUUGAAAACAGUGUACAUAAUUAUUAUAAAAUCAAUUAUAGUACUACCUAUAACUUCCAUAGGCAUGAUGUAAUUAGACUUUAUAAAUGUCCUUUAGGGAUGACUAUGGCAGAAAUUGAAAAAUAUAUUACUGAAGAAAUUAAAUCACUUGGAACUAAUGAUGAUGUAGUAUUUGAAUUUAAGGAUGCUGAAUAUUUGGAUCCAAAUAAAUAUGAAACUAUUGAAGAUUGUUAAAUAGCAUCAGGUUAAAUUAUACUUGGAGAUUUUAAGGAAUUAUCAAAAAAUUGGGUAAUUAAACAUCCCAAUUUCAUUAUGGAAGGAAAAUGUGAAGGUUGUUCUAAUUUCAAAGUUCUUCAAUUUCCAUGCGAUUGCAAAAAACUUAGUUAUUGUACAGAGGAAUGUAAAAAAAGAGAUGAGGCUUAUCAUUUACCUAGAUGUUAAUCUUCUUUAUGCAUUUUAUGUUUUUAAGCAUCUAAUAUAAAAAAUACAGAUCUUCCUGUUUGUUAAUCAUGCUUAAAUUAUUAAGCAUCAAGUUUAGAACAUUUUGAAAAUGAAAUUGAUAAAAUACAUUAAUCAGUAAAAUGAUAUAAUUAUAUUAGGAUUAAAUAAAAUAAGAUGAAUCUUCAUCAAUUAGUGAAAUAGUACCAAAUAAAUUAUAUUUAGGGAAUUAUAUUGCUGCAAAAAAUAAAAAGUUAUUAUAAAAAUAUAAAAUAACUGAUAUUCUUAUAUGUGGAGAUUUUCUUAAAUAGAAAUUCCCUUAAGAUUUUAAAUAUCAUUAAAUUAUGAUAUAAGAUUCAUUAAAUCAAUCUAUUAUUGAAUAUCUUGAUGAAACAUUUAAUUUUAUUGAUUAAGCAUAAAAUGUAUUUGUUCAUUGUGCAGCUGGAAUUAAUAGAUCUCCAGCAAUUGUAUGUGCUUAUUUAAUGAAAAAAAAUAAAUGGAAUUAUGAUAAAGCCUUUGAAUUUGUUAAAGAAAGAAGAUCUAUUAUUAAUAAAUAAACGAAUUUUGCAAAUCAAUUAAAUUUAUAUUAAUAUUGA